GUACACGAAUGGCGUACAAACUGUUUGGACGUGUUUGCUGCUCGCUGGCGACGUCGCGGCUUCGAGUUCGAGUUCGCAUUUCAAUUCUGAGCGCAGCGUUGUAAAUAUUGAAAGCGGCGCUCGCGAAUCAAAUUAUUUCAGUGUAUGUGUGUGUCUGUUGUGUGCACGCGCAAAGCAACAAACACAAACCGCAAAUACAAAUAAAAAACGAAAGAAAUGCUAAAUAAAUAACAACAACAAUUGCACACAAAAAAUUAUGUGAAAAGCAACAGUGAAAUACUCGUAAUUUGUUGAUUUAAGCGGCGUCAAAGCUGAAGCUGAAUGUCGUCGACGUCGACGUCGUCGUCGCCUAUGUGUGCGUGAGCGAGUGUGUUGUUGUGUGAGUGUGCAAAAAAAGUACAAAUUAAAAAAAAAAUUGAUAGGCUGAGCCAAGCGAAAUACAAACAUAAAGCGGAAAUGCAAAAAAUACAACAAAGCUACAAAGGUCAAAAAGGGAGAAAAGUCAACAAACAAUGAAACGUCGGUGUGUGUGCAUCAAAUGCAAGUGGCAUUAACAAAAUGCACCUAAAAAGAACAACAAUAAUAAAAAAUACCAACGUAAAUUUUGAAGACAAGGAGACUAGGAGGAGAAAAGGAAUUCCAGAAAACUAAAAAUUUGAUAAAUUGAGAGCAAACGAGACGAAUUGCGAUUGCGUUUGGGCAAUUGGCAAACACCAACGGAGAAAAAAAACGCGAGAUUGCAAUGUUUUUGUUUUACAAUCGAAGCAUUUUUGUCAUUAUUAUAAUUGAAAUCCUGCUGCUGCUGCUGAGCGAUGACAAUGGACAACCAACGCUGACCAAGUUGCCGACAACAGUUGCUGCCGCCACACAACCGAAAAACUCAACACUACAGAAGCCAUAUCUACAGAUUUUGAAGCACAACUAUACAAGACUGACCAUCACCAAUCCACACUCAAUCAGUUUUCUCAACUGCACUCCCGUGAUUACCAACUAUGAUUACUAUCAAGAAGGAGCUUCCGUCUACUGCAGCUGGUAUCGGAACGAUGAGGCCAUCGAGCACUUGUCAAUACGCAAAAAUGAGUUCUUCAUUUUUGCGAAUGGCACGUUACGUUUGCCGCCCACCGAGCGAGCAAGCGGCGUUUAUCAUUGCCAAAUUGAGGCCGAUUACACGAAAGUCAUAUCCGAAAGCAUCACCGUCGAGUAUCCUGUACUCAAACGUUUAAUUGGUGGUCCACAGCAGAGCAGCAACAUCAGCGCCAUUGAGCAUCUGCCCCUUGUGUUAAACUGUCCAUUUUUCAGUGUGCCAGCUGCUCGCUUCAGCUGGUACUUUGGCAACGAAUCCCUGGCGAAUGACAGCAGCGCCAUCAUCUUAUCCAAUGGCACUCUUGUGCUGCGACAAUUGCGUCCGGAACAGGCUGGCAAAUACAAAUGCGUUGCCCAGAACCGAUAUGCCAGUCGAAAUCAUCGACAGUUCGUGUGGUUGGUGCGCGUCGAACCAAAUGCUGAUGGCAGUCUAAUGGUAGCUGGCAGCGAGACGCGACUGCUGCCUGCCUUUCAGAAUGCCACACUCUAUGUGCCCACGGGUGGCACAUUGAUGCUCCAGUGUCGCGCCGUUGCCGAUUAUGUGCCCAUCGACUGGUGGCUCCAGCAUCCAAAUAACACACUCACCCAGUUGCGCAACAACAGCGUCGCACUCGAGGUGAGCGAUGUGAGGAUGGAACGCCACGAGGGCUUUUACAUCUGCACGACGCCGACGGACAGACAAACGUUUCGGGUGAUUGUGACGAGUCCGCCGCGUAUAGUCAGCACAUUGCCGGUGGAGGUGGGCUACAUUAGCCUGUCGACAACGUUGACCUGCAGUGCUGUGGGCAAUCCGACGCCCACGCUCAGCUGGUAUCACAAUGGAGCGCUGCUCAAUAGUUCCUACACACGCUACAUUAGCGGCAAUGAGCUGCACAUCCACUCGUUCGAUCCCGAGGAGGAGGGCAUUUAUCAGUGCUUUGCGCGUAAUGUGGCCGGCGAGGAUUCGGUUACCGGAGAGGUGCGUUUCAAGCGACAGCCGGAGAAUCCGAAUCCCUUGCAGAACAUACGCUGUUAUCCGCACAGUUUUCACACCAUUAACGUGACUUUUGACAGUCGAACCAUGGAGGCCAUGUUCGUGGUGCACAUUGUUCGCAGUAAUCCGCAUCAAUGGAGCUCAUUUGCGCCCAUGAAACUCAAUCACACCUCGUUCGUGGUGAUCUCCACCGGGCUGCCUGUCUAUCGUCCCUUUGCGCUGAUCACACGCUUUCUCACGCCCACCUCGGAGGUGCGCUCGGGCACCAUUGUGCCCCAACAGAUGAUACUCAGUUCGCUGCGUAGUCCAGCUGUUGUCUGCUGCACCCAAGGCUUGUUGCUGCGUCUGGUGCAUUUGGGCAACGACACUUUUGUGAAGUGGUCACAGGCCGAGUUGGAUAACAAAAAGUACUUCAUACUACAGUUCUCUGUCAAUCACACGCAUCCACAUCCCGCCCAGCUGCUGGACGGACCGCUGCAUGGCACUGUGACACCAGUGGAGGAGAAAGCGGACGAGGUGCGAAGGCAUCUAACCAUUAUACGUCCACUCAAUCAGUCGGCGGCUGCCACAGUUAUGCGCAAUGCUGAAUACGAAGUGCUGGACAACGAGGUCGACGAUGUCACUCUGGAGAUGGAGGAGGACAUCUUCAGUUUGGUGGUGGAUGCCAGUGUAACGGGUGUGCUGUUGCAGCAUUUUAGUCGCAUCAAAAUGCGUGUUCUCAUCAUUACCAGCGAGAAUGAGUUCCUCGCGCAGGACUUUCGCUACGUACAGUGGAAGAUUAUUGAAAAUGGCACCUCGGAUCAGUCGAAUAUGUCUUUUCGCUUGAUUACUGUCGAGUCGCGUAUGUUGGCUUUUCAAUUUCUUGAUAGUCUGAAUGAUACUUGUGUCUAUGAGUGUCAUUUGCACAUACAGUUGCCGCUGAAGAAACAGGAGCCCAAGUGCAAGGAGCGCACCAUUGUCAACUCGAUGCUGUUGGUCAGCGGCUUGAGCGCCAAUGAGAGCUACAAUUUUCACUUUUACAACUGCAAGCCGCAGAUUUUUUACGGCGAAAUGGAUGUCAAAACGCUGCCAGAUCCUCCUGGCACCAUCAGCAACUCGCGUGUGGUCAAGGACAAUGGACUGAAGCUGCUUUGGGAGCCGCCUGUGCAUCCCAAUGGUCGUGUGCAUCACUACAGCAUCGAGUGGACGUUGGGCAAUGUUACACACGAAGCUGUGGUCUAUGAAUGUCGCACUUGCUCCUAUAAAUUUCCCAAUGUUUCGGAGUCGGAUAAAAUGCACGUCACGGUGCGCGUUGUAGGCGAAACGGGAGUUGGCGCACCGCUCUACUUUGAUCUGAUGAAUCAUCGCGUUACGACGGAAGAUCGACACAACUCGAAUCAUGAAGUCUACAGCGGCAUUGCCAUUGGCUCGCUGUUGUCCACUGUCUGUGUGUUUGGCUUUGCGCUCUUCAUCAUCUUUCAGCGGCGUCGGUUUAAGGCACGCGCUCAAGGUCCCAUCCAUCUGACCACGCCCACAGACAUCACCUUUGGUAAUCUAAGCAGCGCCUCUGGCAUGCCAGGCGACAGCGCUGGUGGGUUGAGUGGCAGCACCUUGCAGCAGGAUUGCCACGAGAUGCAAACGCUGAUACCACGUUCGCGUUAUCACAUCGAAUUGCUGCCCGAGCACACGCUCGAGUAUCAAACGAGUUCGGCGGCUGCUGCGACGUUACCCAAUGGCCACAGCAAUGGACCGAUUGUGCGACGCGGCGAACAGGAGCUGGAGCUCAGCAUUGCGGGCGUGCAUAAUCUGUCGCAGUUGCCGCUGUGUGCGAAUUCGCCGGAGCGCAAAGAGGAGGCGAAAGCCUUCUAUAUACCCUAUCGUCAUACGCCGCCCAAUGCUGUCGCUUUGCAGGCGGGCAACAGCUGCGCCAGCAAUGGCAGCGGCAGCAACUCCAAUCACGCCAAUCACAAGCAACACAACAGUUCCUCAAUGAACGGCGGCGGCGAUGGCAGCCUGGAGUUGGCCAUGCCACCAAAUUCGCUGCCUUUGGUCUCCACAAUGCCCGGACUGGGUGGCAAUGUGUCGGCAGCGCGUCGCAGUGGCAGCCUGAGCAGCAGCAGCGCCAGCAGCAGCAGUGGUGGCAAUGGCGGUGGCAGCAGCAGCAAAAAGCAAUUUCAUACAAAUUUCACACGACACUCGAACUCCAACGAUGGCAUUUGUUUGCUGGCCGAGGAGGAAUCGGCGGCCACUUUGACGCCAACGUCGGAGCAUGAGUAUGCGUGUGUUAGCAUAACGAAUGGUUUCAAGUUGCCCGCCGAACUCACUAGGAAUAACCAUUACAACAGCAACAAUAACAACAGCGGCAGCAGCAGCAACAGUCAGCAAAAGCCAAUUGCUGUGCAGCUCAAGGAUCGUCAGCAGCAGCAGCAUCAUCAGCAGCAGAAGCAGCAUCCAAAUGCAUCCAUAGUUCCUGCCAACGGGCCACAGUCCGUUAACAAUGUUAAGGCGACGAGAGCAAUGGCCAAACAAAGUUGGCCAGCAGCGCCAUCGGCGUUGCAGCGUCGUGCUCAAGUCGAUCCCAAUGGCUGAGUGGCGGCGGUUGCUGCAGCCAUUGUUGUCGUCGCCUCGCCAAGCAAAAGUAUUCUCUGAGAAGCUACUAUUACACACUAUACACUAUACACACACACACACACACAUACACGUACACGUACACACACAUUCGCAGCUUGAAACAUUCCAAAACACAAUUGAUUGAUUGAUUGAUAGAUUUGAUAGUUUGAUUGAUUGUGGUUUUAGAAUGCAUUUUAUAAAUGCAUUGCACUUCAAUCGAAUGAAGUACGAACUACGAGAAUAGGCAGCAUAUUUAUACACAUACAUAUAUAUUACAUAUACAUAUAU